AUGGUCCACCAUGCCGUCCCGCACCAUGGCUGCUGCCCCUCGCUUCCCUUUAUGCUCAGGCUCUGGCCUGCUGAAACGCAUACAUUUGCCACGACACUGUCACGCUCGCUUCGCAAACACCCAGCGUCCGAGUGGCAGCCACCAUGGCUCUGUGCAAAGUUGGCAAACGUAGAUACGACAGAAAAACCUAACCCCAGCCUCAACGGAGCCAAGAGCGGGGCCAAAAGCAAAGACUGGGUGCUCAUUUUCCCUGCCCCGCCCGGAGCCGCCGCCGCCGCCGGUCUCCGCCGCGCCCGCCGCUGCUCCUGCUCCUCGCUGCUCGACGAGGAGUGCGUCUACUUCUGCCACCUCGACAUCAUCUGGAUCAACACCCCCGAGAAGACUGUGCCUUAUGGACUUGGAGGCCCUUCUCGAUCCAGAAGAUCACUGAAGGACGUGGCGCCUGAGAUGCUCACUGAACCUGACAGCAGAUGUCAAUGUGCCAACCAGAAAGACAAGAAAUGUCUGAAGUUCUGCCAGACAAGAACAGAACUCUGGGCUCAGUCUACCAUGGAGAAAAGCUCGCACCACCGCAACAAAGGUGGCAACUGCCUUGGACCCAAAUGUAUGAGCCAACAGUUUGUUGGCAGCAAGAAAAUGAAGAGGCUGGAGGCCAUUGGUAACAGUAUCAAAGCUUCCUUCAGUCUUGCAAAGCUGAAGGCUGAGCUCCAGAAAGGGCGGAAGCUGAAGCAUAACAGGGCAAAUAAAAGACGAAGCAUCUGGGAAAGCCUGAAAACAUCCUAGUGAGAAGAUCCCCCGAAUCAUUCAUCGUCACGCUUUCUCAUGAAGUGUCACCAA